CACCACUAGAUUCUUGAAUUCUAUCAACUAUAUAACACACAGCAACCCAAAAACAUUCAUCAAGGCAACACAAAAACAAAAAAAAAAUGGAAUUACUCCCAAGUGUACUACAUGUAUUGAUCUUCUUCCAAUAUUUUCUCCUCUCAACUUCACGACCACCAACCUUACCGUCAUCCGGACCAAACCCCGGCCGGUCUCGUUUUGUGCUAGUGCAUGGGGCCGGCCACGGCGCAUGGUGUUGGUACAAGAUCAUACCCAUCUUAAAAUCACACGGUUACAACGUAACCGCGAUCGAUCUCGUAUCUUCUGGGAUAAAUCUGCAGUCACCGGAUGAUCUCCGGUCGAUAUCGGAUUAUAUCGAACCAUUGAUCGGCCUAAUAGAAUCUCUAGAAGAAGGUGAGAGGGCGAUUCUUGUGGGCCAUAGCUUGGGUGGCCUCGCCGUUUCGAAGGCCAUGGAAAUGUUUCCGGGUAAGGUUCAUAUGGCUGUUUUCGCCACUGCUCUCAUGCCUGGCCCCAACUUCAACUUCACUUCUCUUUCCCAAGGGUUGGUAAGAUGGCAAGCUCCUUUAUUGGACCUGAGGUUUGUAUUUGGAGACGGGCCCGACAAACCUCCCACUCUUUCCAUUGGUGGUCCAUUAUCCAUCGCACUAAAUUUCUACAACUUUAGCCCUAAGGAGGAUAUCGAAUUGGCAACACUGCUAGUUCGGCCUCAACGAAUCUUUAGCAACAAAGACAUCGACGAAAAUAUAGUGCUCACGAGAAAGCGAUACGGAUCGGUCAAUCGGAUUUUCGUGGUUUCGGAGAAAGAUGUCACAUUUGUUAAAGAGUUUCAACUAUGGAUGAUGAAGAACAACCCUCCGAAUCAAGUAGAGUAUAUAAAGGAUUCUGAUCAUAUGAUCAUGAUUUCCAAGCCGUUGGAUCUUGCACAUCGUCUCUUAUCUCUUGCCAAGAAGUUCACUUGAAAACUGAUCCUUGCUUCUUUUUUUCUGCUUGCUUAUUAUUCGGUCAUGCAAAUAAUGUGUUGUAUUGUUUUCCUUCUUUUACUUGAGAGAGUGUGUAUCAUUAGUUUUCGCAAUUUAAAAUAACCAUCCAAUAAUAAAUACAUACCUAUAAAUAA